UUUGAAAUCUUGCUCUUUUUUCUUCGCUCAGUUUUUCAACAUAUGUGUUCUUUGAAUUGUGGGAUUUGUAGUUUUCCUUUUUAGUUUUGUUUUGUGAACUACAUUUCCCAGAGUUCUCUGUUUCUGCAGCCUUUUGUCUUCUCUGAAGGUCAGGCACUGCCAUAACAUGAGAGGUGCUGUUUAAUGAAUUAACGUGUCCAAAAUGAUUUGGGAUUGUUGACUAGAAGGCAGAAGAGAAGAACAAAGUAUCAUUAUCAGCAUCAUGAAUUCCUCAGAGUAGCCUAAGAAAAAAUAACCUUGUCAUUAAGGAAGACCUCUGUGUUCUAAGGUUUAACUGCCAUAUAUUUGCCUUCUUGGAUCCUAGAUGAGUAUAUACUGUGCUCUGAAGGUGCCGGAAGGUUGCAGAGCCCUCAGGCUCCACCAUUACAGAUCUCACUCUGUGGCCAACACCUCUCCAAACCUGGCUUUUGUGCCAGCCAGCCCUCCUCCAGAUGCUGUGGAAGUGGAGGCACUGCAGCGCUUCUUUUCUCAUUCCCAGAGGCUGUUGGUAAUGACCGGUGCUGGAAUCUCCACUGAAUCAGGGAUCCCUGACUACCGCUCAGAAGGGGUGGGGCUUUAUGCCAGGACGGACAGACGGCCCAUCCAGCAUGCUGAGUUUGUUCGCAGUGCCAGUGCCCGCCAGAGGUACUGGGCAAGGAACUUUGUGGGCUGGCCUCAGUUCUCCUCUCACCAGCCUAACGCAGCGCACCUGGCCUUAAGAAACUGGGAGAAGCUAGGAAAGCUGCACUGGCUGGUGACCCAGAAUGUGGAUGCCCUGCAUACCAAGGCCGGGAGUCAGCGGGUGAUGGAAUUGCAUGGCUGCACACACAGGGUUCUCUGCCUUGGCUGUGGAGAGCAAACUCCCCGCUCUGAGCUUCAGAAGCACUUUGAAGGGCUGAAUCCCACCUGGACAGCUGAAGCACAUGGCAUGGCCCCGGAUGGGGAUGUCUUCCUCACGGAAGAGCAGGUGCAUAACUUCCGCGUCCCAGCCUGCAGCAGAUGUGGUGGGAUCCUGAAGCCAGAUGUGACAUUCUUUGGGGACACAGUUAGCCGGGAGAAAGUGGACUUUGUGCACAAGCGCCUGGCUGAAUCAGAUUCCAUGUUGGUGGCAGGAUCCUCCUUGCAGGUGUACUCUGGUUACAGGUUUGCACUUGCUGCCCAUGAGAAGAAGCUGCCAAUUGUGAUCAUUAAUAUUGGACCCACAAGGUCAGAUCACUUUGCAUCCAUGAAACUGAAUUCCCGGUGUGGGGAGUUGCUGCCUUUGAUUGUCCUGCGGUGACCCCGUUUCUAGUGUUAGUGAGCCAAGCACCUGCACCCACCCAAGCAGGCAAACAGAAGAGAGAUCUAAAGGUGCAUCUUUUGAUGAGACCAGCAGAGGACAGCAAUCCAUCAUCCGUUCCAAUCAGAUCAGCUUCCUGCACUGAGCCAUGGUCUCCAUUUACCUGGAAGCAG